GUAAGUUAUCGAGCCAGACAGAGCAGGACUCAUCUGGCCAUAGUCAAGAUAAUUGCAGUCUGGGUGCUGGCCUUUGUCCUGUAUGGGCCAGCCAUCAUAUUCUGGGAGCUGGUGGUCGGCAGAAGUCGCGUGCCAAAGGAUGAGUGUUUUGCUGAGUUCCAUUACUCUUGGUUUUUUUUGCUAAUUGCCUCUAUGCUGGAGUUUUUCUUGCCUUUAUUCUUAGUGGCUUUCUUUAACCUCAGCAUUUACCUCAGUUUACGCAGAAGGUGGCACCUCCAUAGGGAGGCACAGCUUCAGCAACGGCUUCAGGCAAGUGAGCCUGCCUCUGCCCAGGGGGAAAGCAUCCCUCUGUCCCACAACUGGAGAAUUCGGAAAAAACUGCCCGGAAGACGGCCCAUCCAUUCUCAGACCUCCUCCCCAUGUUUGGGUGAGCCGGAUCCCUACAGCAGCAGGGCUGCUCAGCCUAUCCGUCUGUCCAGGGAUAAGAAAAUUGCUAAGUCCCUUGCAAUCAUAGUAUGUGUGUUUGUCAUCUGCUGGGCACCAUACACCCUCCUGAUGAUCAUCCGUGCUGCCUGCAAAGAGCGAUGCAUCCAACAUCACUGGUAUGAGGUUACCUUCUGGCUCCUGUGGCUUAAUUCGGCUAUUAACCCAUUCCUAUACCCUCUGUGCCACAGUAGCUUCCGCAGGGCCUUCAGCAAGGUUCUCUGCUCAAAGAGGAACACAACUCCGCCUUCAUCGGUGCCAAUGACACGCAGAAACCCAUGAGAAUAAAUGCAGAAUAAACAAAUGUGUCCAACUGUUGGUGACAAGGUUCAUAGUUUGUCUAAAACUGUUUUUUGUUGUUGUUGUUUUGUGUGUGAAUUGAAUUCUGCACCGCAGCAUAUAUUUUCUUCUAUCAUUUAUUCAACAGAAAUUAAAUGCUUUUCCAUGUGGAUAUUUACAACAAUAACAUCAUUAUUUAUUUACCAGAAAGAGAUGGACAGCUUAAUUAGUUAUUUGUCAGUUGUACAAAACAAAGGACAUCUUUCUUGUGAUAUAUUGAAAAAAACAUAUACAAUGGAGUUAUAAAAUAUGUUAAUUUAUUCACUGUUUGUGUCAGUGUCUGUAUUAGCAGAAUGUGCCAUUUACAGUGUAUCCUUCUUACAAUUGUAUUUUUCAGUGUUUAAGGUGUUUCCCCCUUGCCUAAACCGGAUGAUAACAGGCCAACAUCCCCCUCCGCUGUUAAUGAGGAAUGGAAACAAUGCAGUGCCCUUUUCAUAUGUUGUUACUCUACAACUACAGGCAUAAAUACUGUCAAGUUGCCGCAGAAUCAGUGGUGUGGUGAGCUCGUCCAUAUUCAAUGUUAUUCACAAAUUAAUAUACAAUGUGGACAUUAAAAAUACUAAGAAAAACAGAUAACAUAAAAGCACUGUAAAUGUACAAUUGGAUUGUGUUCUCUUUAUUAAAGGCUCAAGCAUUUAUGUACCGAAUGAGGAAAAUAAAGUAAGAAUUAUUGCUUACGACGAGCCAAGUAGAGGCUGACACUGGGCAGAUGAAAACGACGGGUGGAUCCGCUUUGGCUUCAUUAGAGCAGUGAAAACUGUGGUGUAUCAUCUUCUGAGCGCAGCGAUCAAAAAAUACAUGCAUGAUAAGUGCUACGGAUGUAACAAUGACCGUCCUAGUUUGAGAGACAAUGUUUCAUCAAUUCCUUUCAACAGUUUCUAAACGCUCACAACAUCUAUCAAGACAAUAGCAUAGUCAACGCUGUACGAAUUGACGCUAUCCAAGUAGUUACUUUAUUCAAUCGAUGAGGGGUAUGAUCAGCUGGUUCAAGAAAACCAUGAAAUAAAAGAUCAACUUGAAGCCAUCACGCAGUACUGCCAGGGGUCUUGAAACCAAUACAUGCAUGUUUUCCCUUGUCUUUCUUUAAUAUAUAUUACAUGAGUGUUUUCUACAAUUAGUUAGUGAUAUAUUAAAUUAGUUAGUGACAUCGUAUUAAAAGAACGUCUUUCUUCAUAUUA